CCUGCUGACCUUCGUUUCGUUCCCCCGGGUGCCGCUUGGGAUUCUUCUCAUGUUUAUCCGCCUUCCGAGGCACUAAACACCUUCCCGCCCUCCUCCUAUUUAUGUGCUCCACUCCGUCCACUCUUCCACUACUUGCACCGUCUCAGGGCUCAACUCCUCUCUCUGUUCCGGUGGAGUUCCUCGGCACUUGGACAUUCGUCGCGCAGCUAGAUCUCACGAUGGACGGUGACGGCCGACACGACGACGGCGACUGGGUGCUGCCCUGCGCUGCCCUCGCCGACGUUACUCUGGCCCUCGUCGGAAAUAUCGGUUCCGGGAAGAGCGCCACCGCGAACAGCAUCCUUGGAAAGGAAACAUUUCCCUCUGAGUUGUCCUACAGCGGGGUUACUUUGACUUGCCAGAAGAGAAGCAGGACGCUUCACGAUGGCUGUGCGACCCGCACCCUCAAUGUCAUCGACACUCCGGGUAACUUAGAAAUCUGAACUUAAGACGGUCGUAAUUCAGUUCAAGCAAGUCAGUCGAUCUAUGGGUUAUAAGUUUGCUACUAGCUCUUUUUGAUAUUUCAGUGACGUCUGGUGGCAAUUGCUGCAGAACUUUCUAUGUUCCGAGUAUGCUAGUAUACCGAUUUUUUUUUGCGGGGUAUGCU